GAGAAGCAGAGAAGGUGCACCUGUGCUAGCUAGACUCUGUCCCUGCCUCGGUUUCCCUGAUGGGUCUGAGUGUGCUGGCCUGGGUUGUCCCAGUGUGAGGGUAGGCUCUGCCCCCGCCCCACCCUGUGACCCCGGUCUAGCUCACAAUGCCCUCACCUCGCCACUCACAAAGUCCAGAGGCCCAGGCCAGCUGCCAGAGCCCCAGCAGGUCCUGGGGCCCCACUCUUAGGGUACCCUUGGGUCCCCCCACUCUCAGAACCCCUGACCCUGCUGCUCCCACUCUCAAGGACCCUUGACCUGGGCCCUCCACUCUCAGAGCCCCCUCUCACUCUGAGGCAGGCUUGGGCUCUCCUCCCAGGUUAUCCCAGGGCCCCCUGCCUUGGCUGACUGUGAUGGGGCUCUGGGCACGUUUGGGGUCCCCCCUGGCCCCACAUCUCAGGCUGGCUAUGAUGGAGUUCUGAGCAGGCUUCCCGCCCUCCUCCCAGGAUCCCCUCUUGGGCCGGAAGUGAUGGGGCUCAGGGCAGGCUCAGGGUCCCUCCCUCAGGCCCUCCAUUUCUUGGAUUUGCUGUGACGGGGCUCUGGGCAGGCCCUGGGCUGGCCUGCACCUGCUCCCCUCAGUGGGCUUCAUCUAACAAGAUCUCCCUGGGCUGGCUGGCCCUGCCUUCAAGCUGCUGCAUAGGCCCAGCCAGGCAUCUCCGGGGGAUGACAGCCCCGGGCCCAUCUACUUCCUGGACCCCAAGGUUACCCGCUUUGGCCGCAGCUGUACCCCUGCCUUCUCCAUGCAGGGCCGGGGCAAGUCUCGGGGCCUGGAGGUGACACCGGGCCCCGGGACUUACAGUCCUGAGAAGGUGGCCCCCAUGCGCCAGCGGACGCCACCCGCCUUCAGCUUGGGCCCGCGCCUGUGCCCCCCGCUCCCCGCCAGCCCGGCACCAGCACCCAACGCCUACACGCUGCCGCCGCUCUGGGGUUCCCAGGUCUUCACGAAGCCCUGCAGCCCCAGCUUCACGGUGGGCGGCCGCUCGGCCUCCUCCCGGCCCCCGCAGGCCCCCACGGACACGCCCGGGCCGGGCCAGUAUGAGUGCCCUGACCCCAACGCCUACCGGCCGCGACCGCCCGCCUUCAGCAUGCAGGGCCGGACCCGCGCCCCGCCGUCCCCCGGCCGCACCCCCGGGCCCGCUGCGCCCCCGGGGCACCCCUGCGCACCGUCUCCUGAGCGGGGCGCGGCUCCGGCCCCGGCAGGCGGGGGGCUCCGGAGGCGGGGCCAGCGCACCCCCUUUCCCGGCUGACCCUCCAACACCCUUCCCUCGGGCUCUGUGGUGAUCGGCGAACCGCCAGCGCCCCACUUCUGUCCGGGUCACCCCAGGCGCUGAAAGGGAGACUUUGCCGGCAGGUUUCCUGUGUCCCAGAACGUUGCGUCCUCCAGGCCGAAGCUCCGGUUUCUGCCAAACCGGGCCUCCAACCGCGCCCCGCCCGCACUGACCCCCGCCUCGGGAGACCUCCAUCUGAGAAUCCCCCUCCGUCUCGGGAGAUGCGCCCCCAAUAAACGCGCUGUCCCC